CGUUGCAGGCGUGCGGAACAUGUCGAAUCAAUUGUUUUUUCUCAGCCUCGCGGACAUAUUCUCCGUUUAUCCGGCCAUCUUCAAGGAGCGCAGCAAGCAGCUGCGCAAGACCAAGCAAAUCUAUCUGCCCAGCGACGAGGAGUGGCAGGACAAGAUGUACUUCAUGCUGCUCGAGAUACAGCGCCAGGUGAACGAAUCCUCCGACGUGAACAUCUCGCUCAAGGACAUCGACAAGCGCGAUAAGCCCGCCUUCGAUCCGGAGCGCAUCACAAAGAUCGUCUCGCCCUGCAUCAGUCCGAAUGGCCGUCGGAGUCGCGUGCUCAAGCAUUGUCAUGCGACUACAGUGAAGAUUCGUCUGAAGUCCAGUGCCCGCUGGAAUCUGCCGACCAUUGCCAAUGCAGCCAAACUGCUAAGGAAACCCGCUCUGCCCGUUGUCUUUCAGAAUGAGCAUGAGAUGCGCCUGGCUUACUCGCUAAUCUAUGACGUCUUUCGCUAUAAAUCAGUGUUGUGUAACGCCUUAUCGGACAUUUGCUUCUUCGAACAGGAGCGCUAUAAGAAGUACCGUGACGAUGAGCAGCGCAUUUGGCUGAUGCUCUUCGAGCUGUACGAUCGCCAUUUCAGGAAUCGCAACUCGGAAUACCAAGCCGAGCAGACGCAACUGUACAAGGAGGCGGAGGUAACAGAAAUUGCUGAUGUGCUUUGGCAGCAUCGCAUACGCCUGGCUGCGUCCAUAUCGCGCAUGCGAAUUGGCGUUGGCGCUUUGCGCAUCUCCCAGCUGCUGCCCAUUCAUCUGCAGAACGAGAAGGUGGCCAUAGCUGCGGCCAAUCCUGUGGUCACCGGCUGGAUCAAUCCAUUUCUGCUACGCAACAAGACGGAGGCCAAUAAAAUACUGGUGGAGAUGGGCUUUACGGUCCACGGGCCGGAUGAUGAGCAGCCGCUGCUCGAGCAACACUGCAAAUGGGAUAACAUCUGUCCGCUGGUCAUCUCCAUCAUACCCAAGAAUCGCAGCGAGUUCACCAAGUCAAAGCUGAUGACCGAACAUUAUUUUAUCAUGCAGGAUAAAAACUUUUCCUAUGGUCCGGCUAUAAUGUCCAAGCUCAUGGACUACUUUGAGCUAUAUGGUGACAUUCUGCAAACCCAUGUGGACUCGCCACGUGCCACUGCUUACCUGGCUGCACUUGUUUACUCUGUGAAUCGCGUGAAUAACUUUUAUGUGUAUGGCGUGGGUGCCAGUCUCAAGGACUAUCGCCGAUAUAUGGAAACUAUAGGCGUGAACAACAUACGACUCUUUGGCGAUGCCUUCACUUCGUUUCCCAUGGAAUCCAAUCGCUUUCGCAAUGUUGUGGGCGUGUUUGCCACGCCUCCAAACUCUUUCAGCGCCAUCUCUGAUCCCAUAGACUUGAUAUGCUCGCGUGGCGGAGAUCUGAGCAUGUUGGAAGUGCUCACCGAAUCGGAGGUCAGCGAUGAGGGUAAGACGCGAGUCGGCUGCAUACUCGAGGAGCAGCUGCUCACGCUGACCAUGUCCAUGUCCCGUCCUCAAGUGCAGUUCGUGCUCUAUCAAACGCAUUCGAUAGUCAGCACUGAGAAUGAGGAUAUGGUGCAGCAUGUGCUGGGCGUGAUCAAUAAGCUGGCUUUAGAGAAACAUCGUCAUGCCUACAAGGAGAUGAAGAGGCUGGAAGCCCUUGCCGAGGCGGAGGCAGCUAAUAUACCCGCUGCAGCAAUGCCCAAGGAAUCGCCGCGCAAAAAGGAUAAGAUCAGCGCCGAGGAUAAACGCAAAUCCCAGCCAGAGCUUGCAGCCAAACAGGGUGACCCAGCGACUCCUGCUGUGCAGCUGCCGCGAGUGGACAGCAUUGAUUUGAUUGUUACGCCGGAUAUCGAUGAAUUCGUGCAGGACAUCGUGCCCGACAUCUGCAUCAAUCAGGACAACUGCAUCGAGCAUCUGUCGACGGGCAGCUACCUCUCACUCAUACGUCGCAAGACACUGACGCAGCUUAAUGAAAAGUAUCUCAUACGCAUGGCCGAGCGGCGUGGCCUCUUCGGCAAGCCGGAAAAGGAUAAAACGAGGACGCGCGGCGUGAAGCUGCAGGAGGUCAACGAACCAACGCUGCCAGAUGCCAACUAUGACAGCUGCUCAGCCGGCUCACGCAGCGGGCAACAGCAUGCGGGCCGACUGCAACAUCAGCGCGCGACCCACUCGAGCGCCAUACGCUCGCACCUGACAAAGGUGUCGACCACGCAGCGGCAUCCGAUCGCCUUCAAUUUUAGGAGGCGCGAGUGCAAACGCUUCUACGUCUUGCCCGUUUAUAUGCAUAGCACAAAGCAGAACAGUCGCCUCUGGUGGCAGUAUGCCUUCAAGUGUGUCACUCGACGUGGCAGCGAUGGCAUCUGGAGCCCGAAUUUGAAGUUUAAGCUGCACUGCAAGCGUCAGCUGCGCAUACGGAAGCUGCGACGCAUCCGCUGGUCGAAUAGGCAGCCGCUACACCUGCACAUUGCCGACAUUCAGCUGGUGUGCCAGGUGCGCGGUUACAGUAAGUAG